UCCUGCUGAGUCCGGGUGCUGGGCUGUGGACCCGGAGGUUCGCGCGUAAGCCGGUCGCCGCCCGCCUACGGUGGGCUCAGCCGCUUUCGCCUCGGCCUCGCUAGCCCGCCCGCCCAACUCGGCGGCUCCUCCGCGAGCCCGCCGGGAACUCGCACCCCUCGCGCUCCCCUGCGCCCGAGGGGGCCGCCCCGGGCCAUGGUGCCCUCCCAGGAGGAGCCCGCCGCCGCGCGGGGGACAAGCGAGGCGCAGCCGCUCGGCUCCGCGCCUCCGGGGGCCGCUCCGCUGCCCGGCGCGGGACCCUUAGACGGCUCGGAGGCGGCGGCGGCCGAGAAGGUGGAAAUAGAGCUGGGUGGGUCGGUGGGCGCCGAGCCCCUUGAGCCCCCUGAGGGCGGCUGGGGUUGGCUGGUGAUGCUAGCAGCCAUGUGGUGCAACGGGUCGGUGUUCGGCAUCCAGAACGCCUGCGGGGUACUCUUCGUGUCCAUGCUGAAGACCUUCGGGUCCAAGGACGAUGGCAAGAUGGUCUUCAAGACAGCAUGGGUUAGUUCUCUCUCCAUGGGGAUGAUUUUCUUCUGCUGCCCGAUUGUCAGUGUCUUCACAGACAUAUUUGGUUGUCGGAAAACAGCUGUCGUGGGCGCUGCUGUUGGAUUUGUUGGACUCUUAUCAAGUUCUUUUGUAAGCUCCAUCGAACCUCUGUACCUGACCUAUGGGAUCAUAUUUGCCUGUGGUUGCUCCUUCGCCUACCAGCCUUCCUUGGUCAUUUUGGGACACUAUUUCAAGAAGCGCCUUGGACUGGUGAACGGCAUCGUCACCGCUGGCAGCAGCAUCUUCACGAUUUUGCUGCCUUUCCUCUUGAGGGUUCUGACCGACAGCGUGGGCCUCUUCCACACCCUCCGGGUCCUCUGCAUCUUCCUGUUUGUCCUCUUUCUGGCUGGCUUCACUUACCGACCUCUUGCUUCCAGUGCCAAAGAUAAAGACGGUACAACCAAAGGAGGCGACCGACUCUCCCUCUUUUCCAGGAGAAAGUUCAGUCCUCCAAAAAAAAUUUUCAAUUUUGCCAUCUUCAAGGUGACAGCGUACGCAGUGUGGGCCGUUGGAAUACCACUUGCACUUUUUGGGUACUUUGUGCCUUAUGUUCACUUGAUGAAACAUGUGAAUGAAAAGUUUCAGGAUGAGAAGAAUAAAGAGGUGGUUCUCAUGUGCAUCGGCAUCACUUCAGGAGUCGGACGGCUGCUCUUCGGCCGGAUCGCGGAUUAUGUGCCUGGAGUGAAGAAAAUUUAUCUCCAGGUCCUGUCCUUUCUCUUCAUCGGUCUGAUGUCCAUGAUGAUCCCCCUGUGCAGAGUCUUUGGGGGCCUCAUUGCUGUCUGCCUCAUCAUGGGUCUCUUCGAUGGAUGCUUCAUUUCCAUUAUGGCCCCCAUUGCCUUUGAGUUGGUUGGUGCCCAGGACGUCUCCCAAGCAAUUGGAUUUCUGCUCGGAUUCAUGUCUAUACCCAUGACUGUGGGCCCACCCAUCGCAGGGUUACUCCGUGACAAGCUGGGCUCCUAUAAUGUGGCAUUCUACCUCGCUGGAAUCCCUCCCCUUAUUGGAGGUGCUGUCCUUUGUUUUAUCCCAUGGGUCCACAGUAAGAAGCAAAGAGAGGUCACUAAAACCACUGGAGGAGAAAAGAUGGAGAAAAUGCUGGCGAACCAGAACUCUCUGUCAAGCUCAUCUGCAAUCUUUAAGAAGGAAUCUGACUCUGUUAUUUAAUGUCUCAUAUACCUCCACCAGACUGGACUUGCUUUCAGAAACUGAUGCAAGUUUUCCUUUUAUAUAUGAAUUGCAAAUUCGUUAUUUUUUUAAUCACAUCCUAGUAGCACAAUAAUUGGGAAGUAGAACCCUCAUUACUACAAGAACCAUUCGCUGGCAGUGAACAGCUAGCUGUCCGCUAUUUCCGUGAGUCUGAGGGCAGAGACUCAGAAUGUUUUCAUGUACAAGAAAACCUGUCUGAAAGUCAACUAUCAUGAGAAUAUGAAGCUCAGUAAAAAAGCAGCUUCCGAAACUGUGAAUGCUAUUUAGCUUGUACAAAUACUUAAAAGUACCUCAAGCUAUACUGAAAGGGUUGCGGUUUGAUUAGGACUGGAAAUAUUAUUUGUUGUCUCACAUUGGUGUGUUUGGUUUUGGUAUCUCUGUUUUAAUUUCUUCUGCUAUUUGGAAACUUCUUACAAAAUUUAAGCCUGGAUUCUAGAUAAUAUCAGAUCGACACAGAUUUCAAGCCAGUGUAAAAAUUGAUUGCCUGCUGUUAAAUAAGCUAUGAAAGUAAGUUAUUCUGACUUGCUCCAGUGUCAAGGGACCUUCUUGGAGCAGGUGCUCACAAGAUAUUCAGAAUCAAUAUGUGAGAUGAACAGGAUACUGUUCAUAAGGGCAAAACAGUUCAGAAAUCAGACAUUUCUUCCAUUUACAUUUUCUCCCUUUGGAUUUGCAGUGUGUUUUACUCAAGUUGCCAGAAACACCUCAGAUUUCUGAACUGUUUAAGAUGUAACAGUAAAAUAGAAUGGCUGAAAGAUAUUCUAGCAAUUUUAGCUUAGAAUUUUUCUGACUUCUGAAUUUGUUUCACUAGGACCUGAUAUUUAAACAAGCAUAUUAUCAAGUUGCAGUUUUAGGCAUAAAUGGGAAAAAAAAGUCUUUAGGAAGAAAAUAUCUAUUUCUGCUAGAAAGAAUUGCUCAAGUUGGUAAAACUUUCUGGCAAAAAUUUGCAUUCAUAUAUAUUUGUCCUAGUGUGUUCCCCUUUAACACUGCCUGUAUUUUUUCUAUUUAUAUAUAAAUAUAAGAAAGCAAUUAAAGUUUUAAAGAUUUAAAGUUAAAACCAAAGUCAUGACAUGACCUAAACUCCACUAAAAGAAAAAAACAGGAAUGGGUCCCUCAUACUGAAAUUAUAUUUUAGUACGUUUGUUUCGUAUUUAGGUCCUUAAAAAUUAAUAAUGCACAAACUCAUAUUUAAAGCCCCAAUACAUACGUAUAUUAGAUCCUCCUCAAAUGUGGCUUGCUAACCUAGGAAGAGGCCAUCUUUUUUAUAAAGCCCCUUCAGGAUCAACCUGUUCUUAAAUUCUUUGUGCUGAGAGAAAUGCAAUCUCCCUACUUUUCUUUUCAGCUUGGAUCGUUUGUGAAGGGUAAAGUCCUUCCCCUCCUGUCUCAAGCUGAGGAUGGAGAUGCCAGUAAGACAAAUGGGUGUGUAGUUGUUGGUGGGGGAGGAGGGCACUCAGGAGGAAGAGCAAAGUGAGGCUGAUAAGUAAACAACUAGAAAACCCAGUAACUUCUUCAGUAUCAGCUUUCUCAUCUGCAGCCUUGAAGGUUCAGUAUAAACACUAAAUAUGUAAUUUAUUUAUAAUAGAGCUUUAAACAAUUUUGAUCUUAGAGACAUUCAGCAACUUACUACACCAAACACAAAGCUGCAACUUACUACUUCCAAUACUUCUGCAUUUCAUAUACAAAAGCUAUGAAUAAUCAUCAAACCUGCCGCUAUAAAAUACUUAUUUUUUUCUACAGUUUCAGCACAAACUCCUGACUACCCUGUGAUUUUACAGAAAGAAUAGAUCUGAAAAACUUAGUCUGUAAAGACCUUCAGAAUGUUUUUCCUUUCAUUAUUUGGCUGAUAUUAGGGGGAAAAAGUAAUUAUCUGAAACUCAGACUUGAUCUUGUUUAUUUUCCAUAGUAAAAGAGCAACAUGACAAAUAUAACUUAGGUCUCAGACUAUUGUGUUUGUGUAUAAUAUUACACAUAUAUAGCUUCAGUCUAAUGGAACGAAUCAAACAGGAUCUAUAACACUGAGAAGGCUCUACUAAAAUAGACUCUAACAGAGAGUGUUGUGCUGUAAUAAUAUAAAGUUAAAAGUAUAGAAGAUAAGAUGCUAAAUUACAUAAAAUGCAUAUUUAGUAAUAUGUUGUUUGGUACAAAAAGUUCUAAAAGUCUAAAAUAUACAACCUAAGAAAAAAAUACCAGUAUUCACAAAGAUCUGUUUUAGGCCAAGGAAUGUUACUUUAAUCUUUCAAACUAAGGCCUAAUUUCUAAAGACUGUUACUUAAUUGCAGUAAAGUGACCUGAUGGACAUCCAUUUUGUUGUUGUUGUUGUUGUUGAAUCCAAGACACUUUUUUAAAAGAAUAGAUAAAAUCUUUAAAGAACUCAGCAAAUUCUCAAAUUUAAAAAAGGUUCUGGCAUUUGAGGCCAACAGCAUAAAAGAAGGGGAGCAAUCAUUCUGCUUCACACACAGUCCGGAUGGGAUGUCACUGUAACAGGACGCCCACGGAGCCUCCAGAAACUUCCGGUCAAGGUUACUGCAGUGCCUGUUUCUGGGGUGCGUGCAUGUCAGUAAUAAUGAGCCACCCAGAUUACUGAUACUAUUUUCAAAAUUUAUCUCUUUGGUCACAGUUGCGAUGCUUAGUCUACAGCCCUACCACAAGACCUGUAAUUUCUCCUGAAAACUGCACAGUGCUUGCACUGAGCUUCAGAUUCUGUUCAUAAAUAGAAAUAAGACUUCAUUUGUAUUUCACGAUCGGACGUUAUCUGUUUAUACAUGUUUGCAGAUGAUCCCAUGGACUCUGUCCAAGUAUGGGGGAAAAAUGCCAUCAGCUUCAACUUCCCACACUUUUAAAGUAAAUGGACACUUAGUUGUAAACAUAUGUUUACUUCUGGUAAUUAUACUCCUUUAACUGCACUUAACAUUUAAAUUCAUGCCACUGUUAUUUGUAAGCUGUCCCAUGUUCAGAUAACCUGAUGAUAAAUAAGGCUGAACAGAAAAUGUGUUAAGAGAUAGAGGUAGGCACCCUAUAGCAUGGGUGGGACUGAAGACUUCCUGGUGGCAAACUUUCAUGCCCUUUCAUGCCUCUUUUUAUACUGUCUUUAUCAUUCUUUUGCCCUUUCUUCCCUGCAUCCUUCAAAAACCUGCUGAAGAGUCAGUGACUAUCCUUGCUUAGUUCCACUGGUUGCUUAGUUGCAGUACUUACUGGUCCUGGUGAUUUCAGAGGGUGGAACCCCAUCCAAUUUUGUGUAACCUAAAGAAUGGCUUGCUCUCAGUUUUCAACUUAGAGUUCUAAUGGUACACUGGAAAAAAAAUUAUAAUGGGUUGGGGAGUCAGAAGUCUCAUAUAAUUGUCAACUUUUGUGUUAACAUAUAAAACUUUAAAUAUUUCAGGUAAAUGCUUUGAGAGGAAAGUAUGUUAAGUUCUUAACAUAUUUUCAGAGCAUACUUUUUUUAACUUUGAUUUUCAUAUUCCAUUAAAGUUUUGCUAAAUUGUAGCCCUGAGAACAUACCCUGGAGGAUGCCUGGGAAUCUAGUAGGCCUCUGGGAUGCAGUCUCUCAUGAAUCUGCUUUAGGCCUGGGUUACAAUUUACGGUGAAUGGUAUUAAGAGUAAGUUCCCAGCGUCUAGAGAUAUGGAUGUAAAGUAUGAGCAAAUUAGCUCUAAAAUUAAAAAAUAUGUGAAUAAUUUAAAUACAUAUUAAAAACUAUUCACAAGUUUUCAAACUGAAAACCUCAUUGUUGCUGCAAGGAGGGAGCAAAUAACAAGGUAGACAGCAGCAACAGACGCUUCCAGGCUCACUGAGUGUGUGACAGUCGCAGCCAGGUUUCACCACUUUACUUGUUGACAGAGACUCAUGCUUUGUUUCAAAAAUACACUGCAAGUGAUAGGCUACAAUUUUCAAGAAUAAAGGGCCAAAUCCCCAUAGCUAACUGUGAAGCCUGCACACAACAUAAGACUCAUUAUUACCAAACUACCAUAAACAGGGAUUUUUAUCAGAUGACUGCUUAGGACCCAUGAAACAAUUCAUUGCCACACCUCUGAAUCACUCAAACCUUGAUAUUUGGGAUACAGUAGCCUACUUUAGCUUUAAAAAUUAAUAAUUUUAAAACAUAAACAUUAAUUACCUUGGCCUCUAUACAUUCAAGGAAAUUUCCCAUGGUACUAUUUUUUUUUGACAGAUAUAAAAUAGGAGGCUACCUCAUUUAUGAAACAAGGUUUCUGUUUUUUAUUAGUAUGCUGGAAAGACCGUGAGAAUGAAAUGAGACCUUCUCAAGUGCUGGGUCAUGACACUCAGCUUUGUCACGGCAGCCCGCCUACCUCAGCCUUUGGGGUCUACCUAAAAACCCAGCGUAAUCAGUUCCUGCAUAAUCAGUGAUUGAAUGGUGAUUCUGGAGACUAAAAGGCAAGGGAGUGUAGGCUGUUAAAGGGGGUUGAAAUACCAGUAAAACAAAAUGUGUUUUGUUCCUAUAAAUAGUAUUUAAAAGGAAAAAAAAUGGAAUAUUAACUAAUAUGGCCUGUGGAUAAUCUGAAAAAGGAAAAAAAAAAAAGAGAUGAACCUUAUAACCUAUAUACCAUAAUGAACAGUUGCUAAAACGCGUCAUGAAUGGCUUGUACAAAUUACACCGGCAGCUUGACGACGAGGUCCUGUUUUCAUGUUUUCUUUGGCAGGAAGAUGGAUGAUCACUGACAACAGAUUGUAUGCUUGUGCCUUAGCCUUAGAGCCUCCAUGUUAAACUCCUGUAAGAAACACUCCUUUCCAAGUGGAUCAGGGACUGUGGCAGUGAGCUUUCAUCUUACUGGAGUUUUUGAAAAUGCUACCACUGAGUGUAGCGAUAGUAUAGGGGUUAAUCCACAAGUUCCCAAUCUAAUGAAAGAGGUUUCUCGCCUUUCAGUAUGGUGGCCUAUAAGAAGAGUAUUUUGGAGUUGAAUGUCACUAAGCAUGCAUGUGAUAUCACUAUGUACACAAAACAACAUUUAGAAAUCAAUACCAGAUAAUAUUUUCAGUAUCUGUUGGUUAUUAAGAGUGAAUCUGUUAAAUAUGUGUGUAAACACAUAAACCUUUUCUGUUAUCUUCACCAAAUGUAAUCUUCUAUAGGAGGUUCUACAAUGCAAGACAGUGGUAGGUCAACAUAUCUGUCGUAAUUUAGUCUAUACUGGAAUAUUAUUUCAGGGACCCAGGGUUUGUUAUCCAGACUGCUGUAUUUUCACCCCAGCCUAUGAGGCCCAGGGUUUCUUACUGAGUGCUGUAUUCUCACCGCAGCCUAGGAGACCCAGGGUUUGUUAUCAAGUGCUGUAUUCUCACCGCAGCCUAUGAACUGACUGUAUUUGGUGCCUUUUUUUUCCUACCAGAGAAAGAUUAGAUCAGGAUUGGUGCUAAAUUUCAUGUUCUUUGCAAAAUAAUUUUUUUCUUUUUAAAUAUAUAUAAUUCAAUAGGAAACAUAUAUGUCUGGCAGUAUUAUGCAUGUUACAUUUUGUAGAUAUAUCUGAGGGAAAACCCCUCCUAAUAAAGGAAUUAUUGAGUUCAAGUCUACUAAAAAAUAUGUAAUUUUUGUUAAUACAGAAGGCAUUAGGGUACAAAACUCAAAAAAAUGAUCACCAAAUGAAAACUUAAUGAUGAACACAGCCCCCAAAGAUAAUGACUAAAGAAAAAGUCCCUGGGCAAUGUUGCUAGCAUGAAGUUAGCUAUUCAAAGUAUUCUGUAACUCUUAUGUGAAAAAAAAGUCAUAUUUUAUUAUAUAUAUAGUUAUAUAUAUAUGCGUGUGUGUAUGUACUAUAUACACACAUACACACAAAAUAGCUUUCUGUUGGGCUUAAGGAGAUAAUUUAAGCUGUUUUUUUGGGCUUAGAGUUUUGGGAGCCAUCAAUCUUAAAACCUGGACAAUGAGUUACUUAAAA